CACUUUCGAAAAGUCUGUCUUUCACUCUGCUCAUAAAAUAUACAUACCAGAGAAUUUUUGAGGGAGAGAGAGGGCCUAAAACCCCCUUUUUCUCACUAGUUUUAAAAUGAUUACUUAUCUCCACUAGUUUUAUCUCUGUAAUUGCAGAUCUCAAGUCUCUCCAGCACUCUUGCUUUGCUUCAAAGCUAGAAAGUAGAAGAAACCCUUUGUUUUGAAGGGAAUAUGAAAAUGGUUUUGCUUCUUUGGAUCUUUUCAGUGAUUUCUUCUGUGACCCUUUUGAGUACUUGCUCCCUUGCUCUCUCUGAAGAUGGACUGACAUUGUUAGAGAUCAUGAGUACAUGGAAUGAUAGUAGAAACAUCCUUACCAAUUGGCAAGCUACUGAUGAAUCUCCCUGCAAAUGGACUGGUAUUUCUUGUCAUCCCCAAGACCAAAGGGUCACCUCAAUAAACUUGCCUUACAUGGAAUUGGGAGGGAUUAUAUCUCCCAGCAUUGGUAAACUCAGUAGAUUACAAAGAUUGGCGCUUCACCAGAACAGCUUACAUGGAAUUAUUCCUUAUGAAAUUAGUAAUUGUACUGAGCUGAGGGCCAUUUACUUGAUGGCUAAUUAUCUCCAAGGAGGAAUACCAGCAGAUAUUGGAAACCUUUCCCACCUCAAUAUCCUGGAUUUAUCAAGCAAUUUGCUAAAGGGUGCCAUACCUUCAUCUAUUGGCCGCCUUACACGCUUGCGCCACCUGAACUUGUCUACCAACUCUUUCUCAGGUGAAAUCCCUGAUUUUGGAUCUCUUUCUACUUUUGGGAACAAUUCGUUUAUUGGCAACUCGGAUCUUUGUGGUAGACAAGUGCACAAGCCAUGUCGAACCUCUUUGGGAUUCCCUGCAGUUUUACCUCAUGCAGCAAGUGAUGAAGCAGCAGUUCCUCCAAAACGAUCCUCUCAUUACAUCAAAGGGUUGCUAAUUGGUGUAAUGUCAACUAUGGCCAUUACACUCCUUGUGCUCCUUAUAUUCCUUUGGAUUUGCUUGGUAUCAAAGAAGGAAAGAGCUGCCAAGAAAUACACAGAAGUUAAAAAGCAAGUUGAUCAAGAAGCAAGUGCAAAGCUCAUUACUUUUCAUGGUGACCUGCCAUAUCAUUCCUGUGAGAUCAUUGAAAAGCUGGAGUCUCUUGAUGAAGAGGAUAUUGUAGGUUCAGGAGGCUUUGGUACUGUCUUCCGUAUGGUCAUGAAUGAUUGUGGCACAUUUGCUGUUAAAAGAAUUGAUCGCAGUCGGGAAGGAUCUGAUCAAGUUUUUGAGAGGGAAUUGGAGAUUUUGGGGAGCAUCAACCACAUAAAUUUGGUAAACCUGAGAGGCUACUGCAGGCUUCCAAUGUCAAAGCUUCUUAUCUAUGAUUACCUGGCCAUGGGCAGUUUAGAUGACUUUUUGCAUGAACAUGGCCAAGAAGAACGACUGUUAAACUGGAGUGCUCGUUUAAGAAUAGCACUAGGUUCUGCUCGGGGGCUUGCAUACUUGCACCAUGACUGUUGUCCGAAGAUAGUUCAUCGUGACAUAAAAUCCAGCAAUAUUCUCCUUGACGAAAAUUUGGAGCCCCAUGUAUCUGAUUUUGGUCUAGCAAAACUUUUGGUAGAUGAGGAUGCCCAUGUCACGACUGUAGUGGCUGGCACUUUUGGUUAUUUGGCACCAGAGUAUCUGCAGAGUGGGAUAGCUACCGAGAAAUCAGAUGUCUAUAGCUUUGGAGUUCUCUUGCUAGAGCUUGUAACUGGAAAAAGACCAACUGAUCCAGCUUUUGUAAAGAGAGGCUUAAAUGUUGUUGGUUGGAUGAACACCCUAUUGAGAGAGAACAGGUUGGAAGAUGUAGUGGAUACAAGGUGCAAAGAUACAGAUAUGGAAACUCUGGAGGUAAUUCUUGAGAUAGCAACAAGGUGCACGGAUGCAAACCCGGAUGAUCGGCCAACAAUGAACCAAGCAUUGCAGUUACUAGAACAAGAAGUCAUGUCUCCUUGCCCGAGUGAUUUCUACGAGUCCCAUUCAGAUUAUUGUUAAAUAGCAUGAAGAAGUCAGGGCUACAUCCACUGAAUAUGCACAUCCAGCUAGAUGUAUUUAUUACAUCCUUGGCUUUUUCAUUAAUGUUUGCCUCUAUCUUUGGGGCAUGUAAAUGAAAUUUAAUGCAAAUGUUGGAUGUGAGUGUUGUCUUGCAA